UCCUCUCCAUCUUAAAUCUCCCACUCAAUCGUUGCUACCACCACCAUCUCGGCACGGCGUGACGGCAUCUGACUCAUCCACUCUCGUCCUGGCUAACCUGACUUUAUGCUCGAAAGUCUACACGCGAUAGUUCAACCGUCGGCCAGGGCUGCCAGGACGGUGCAGCUGGUAACGCAUGUACGCGAGCUCGACUCGAUUGUCGACACCGAGUGCACCGAAAUGGCACCGUCCCUCAGUAAAUUCGCCACCAGACGCACCCUGGCCGGCGCGGUCGCGGUCAGCACGCUCAUCUGGAUAUUAAGGAACCGUAGCAGAAGGUGGAUGAGUAAGAAGACUAAGAACCAGUGGCCUAUUAACAAUGACAUUCAAUAUAUUAUCAAGGAGGAAAAACCAAAAAGUCCCAAGGCACAGGUCAAUGCCGUAUUCUUCCGUAGGCUCUAUCAACUACUUAAAAUCGGUAUCCCUGGUGUAUUAUCACCAGAGUUUGGUUUUCUAUUCCUGGUGGCGACCGCCCUGGUUGGCAGGACCUUGUGUGACCUGUGGCUUAUCAACAAGGCUACUUUGUUAGAAACGUCAAUCGUCAACAUGAAUCGUGUAUUAUUCAGGCGAUAUUUGCUCCAUUUGUUUGGUUUGGUACCAAUAAUAGCGAUCGUGAACAACAUACUGAAGUAUGCUUUAAGCGAAAUGAAGUUAAGGUUGCGUACGAAUAUCACGCGUAAUUUAGUGGAUGAUUAUCUUAAAGGCUUUACUUAUUAUAAAAUGAGUAAUCUGGAUAACCGAAUCGCGAAUCCGGAUCAGCUGUUAACUACAGACAUCGAUAAGUUCUGCGAAAGCUGUACAGAUCUUUACAGCAAUAUUGCGAAGCCUCUAUUGGACAUUGGUCUUUACGUAUACAGAUUGACAACUACUAUUGGCGGACAGACGCCACUUAUUAUACUCUCGUAUUUAGUGAUAGCUGGUACCUGUUUGACUCAUCUUCGCAAACCUAUCGGGACAAUGACGGUCAAAGAGCAACGAUUAGAAGGAGAAUAUCGUCAUAUCAAUUCAAGGUUGAUCGUUAACUCGGAAGAGAUAGCAUUUUAUGGAGGAAACAACAGGGAAAAAUUGACGCUGUUAACUAGCUUUCAUAAACUUGUGACUCAUCUUCGUAAAUUCUUGGAAUUUAAGGCCUUGAUGGGCAUUGUAGAUAAUUACGUUGGAAAAUAUUUUGCCACCAUAAUCGGCUUCUACGCAGUGAGCAUACCUUUCUUCCAGGAGAACCACUCUGUACUCUCCGGCACGCCCGAUCAUAGAUUCAGAUUAUACUACACAUACGGCCGGAUGCUGGUGAAAUUGGCCGAGGCGAUUGGCCGAUUGGUGGUGGCCGGCAGGGAAUUAACGCGUUUGGCGGGAUUCACAGCGCGGGUCACCGAGAUCAAAAUGGUUCUCGACGAUUUAAAUGCUGGGAAAUACGAGCGAACGAUGAUCUCGGAUUACAAAGACAAAGUGAUCGGUUAUCCUGGUAAAGGCAAAAUUGUACCACGCGACAACAUCAUACGGUUCGAUAAUGUUCCUCUGGUGACGCCUAACGGAGACGUGCUCGUUAAGGAGCUGUCCUUUGAAGUGAAAUCAGGAAUGAAUGUACUGAUUUGCGGUCCAAAUGGUUGCGGCAAGAGCUCUAUGUUUAGAAUUCUCGGCGAACUGUGGCCGGUCUGGUCUGGAACUAUUACAAAACCUCCGCGUGGUAAGCUUUUCUACAUUCCGCAACGUCCUUACAUGACGCUGGGUACAUUGAGAGAUCAGAUCAUAUAUCCUCACACGAAGGAAGAGAUGAAGAGACGUGGUAACAUUAAUGAUGAGGACUUGAAGAAGUUCCUAGAGCUAGUACAGUUGACUCAUCUAUUGGACAGGGAGAGUCUCGUUAACAAUGAAAAAGAGGGUUGGGACGCAGUGGCUGAUUGGAUGGACGUUUUAUCGGGUGGCGAGAAGCAACGUAUAGCAAUGGCUCGGCUAUUUUAUCACAAACCACAAUUCGCAAUUCUGGAUGAGUGCACGAGUGCUGUCAGCGUCGACGUCGAAGAUUCCAUGUACAGAUACUGCAGACAAGAGAACAUUACGCUAUUCACAGUCUCACAUCGUCGCUCCCUUUGGAAGCAUCAUGAGUACUAUUUACACAUGGAUGGCCGCGGAAGCUACGAGUUCAAGCCGAUCGAGCAAGACACGAUAGAAUUCGGAUCGUGAAUUCUUGCAUUUCUUGUACGGAAAUGCGUCAGUACGCAAGGGAUAUCUGAUUUAGCUUUCUUUUUCCUUUUAGUCUACGAUUAUUCAACAAUUCCAGCAAUUUAAUAGGAGACAUUUUAUCUAUUAAUCAGCAAUUUUUAUAAGUAUAAAGUAUCACGACAAAACCGAUUAUUAAGUAUUAAAUCUAUAUAUAAUUGCACAAGAUGCCUUUAUACAGAAUGUACAUGUACUGUACAGAAUGUAUAUAUUAUACAAAUGUAAUAGUGAUAAACGCGGCGUUGUCGCGAUCAUUUUCGGCGCUAUCGUAAAUUUCUUCGCGUAGAUAUGUAAUCAAAUCUGCCAUGCACAAAGAUAUAUUUUUUGAUUGUUAUUUUUCUACAAGAUAAUAUAUUUUUGAUAAUGUAUUGUCGUUGCCGAAGACACAUCGAGCUUGGAACGUAUGUGUUAUCAUCAUAUAUAAAUGACGACACAUCGAGCUUGGAACGUAUGUGUUAUGAUCAUAUAUAUAUGAUACUUUUAGAUCCUUAAGGUAUGGUAGAAGUACGUUAGGUAUAUUCGUUUUCGAGACGAAUUUCGUACUGUUUUGCGCAUAACCAGAUGCGGCCAUUUUAAACAUUUGCAUCGCGGUAACUUUGAAGUAACACAAAGUGAUAUUUCGCGAAAAUGAGUACGUGUCAAAUAAAAA